AGCAGAAAACAAGAAUUGAUGAUCCAUCCUACGAGUUUUAUGGAUCAGGCUCCCAACCAAAUAAUAGACUUAUUUACUAUCUGCCGGGUAAUCCUCAAAUUAGUGAAUUGGUCUAAGUAUAUCUAGUUUGGUUUUUAUUAGUUCUGCUUGUAAUAUAUAGACGGCUAGACGAGGGAGAAGUAUAGAGACUGCCUGAGAGGUGGAGAUGGACGCAAGGAGGUUGGAAGAUCUAAAGCUCUUCGUUGAUCGCUGCAAAGCAAACCCUUCAAUUUUAUACAAUCCUUCUCUUUCAUUUUUUAAGAGCUAUCUGGAAAGCAUGGGAGCUCUAAUUCCUCCGAAGAUCAAAACUGAAAAUUAUGAUGAAGAGUUUCCUGAUUAUAAGAAGUCCAAUGUUUCAAGUAAUGAUACUAUGGAUGAAGGUAUAGUUGAGUCUGAUGUUGAAUUGGAUAGUACCGAUGUUGUGGAGGCUGACAAUGAUCUCCCCCAGAAGAUGGGUGAUCCUUCAAGAGAAGUAACAGAGGAAAACCAAGAUGCUGCUCAGAUUUUGAAGGGUAAAGCCAUGGAUGCAAUUUCUGAGGGGAAUCUGAAUGAAGCCAUGGAUCAUUUAACAGAAGCUAUUUUGUUGAAUCCAAUUUCCUCAAUAUUUUAUUCAAUGAGAGGUAAUGUUUUUAUUAAACUCAAGAAGCCAAAUGCUGCAAUAUGUGAUGCAAAUGCUGCUUUACAGAUCAACCCCGACUUAGCAAAAGGAUAUAAAGUCCGAGGAAUAGCAAGGGCAAUGUUAGGACUAUGGGAAGAGGCAGCUAGUGAUCUGCAUGUUGCAUCACGGAUAGAUUUUGAUGAAGAAAUCAAUGAGGCGCUAAAAAAGGUUGUACCUAAUGCCCGUAGAAUUGAAGAGCACCGCUGGAAAUAUGAACGUUUGCGGAAGGAGAGAGAGCUAAAGAAAAUUCAGCGCGAGAGACAAUCGAAAAGAGCGGAGUUUAUUUUUAAGAAGGAGAAAAUGGAACAAACUUCUGUAAGUACAACUGUACAACUUCUAGUUAAGCUAGUUUUUCUUCAUGUAUGGGGUUUUUGCUGUGUUGUUAUAUGGGCUUUAUGUUAGCAAGUUGGCAGGUUUCAAAGUAAUGUUUCUUUGUCAGGGUCGCUAAGAUUAUCUUAAAGUCGUUCUAAUUUACAUUUAUAGAUAGAGGAAUUAGUUACACAACCUUCUGGUUGGUUAAUUUAUGAUUCUUCCAUUGGGCAUGCCAUUAGUUUACUUUCUUCUGCAUUUGGACUAUUUGAACUUUUUGAAGCAUGCUUGUUAUUUUACAUUUUUUUUAAUUUUUUACUCCGUAUAUCUUAUCUAUUGUUUUGUUCCCAUCAUACACUAACAUUUUUUGCUUAAAUUCAUUUGUUCUGUCGAUUACAAUGUCCUCUGUAUUCCCCUUUUUGUAAUAAAUACAGUAAGUAAAUAUGAAAAGUGAUUAAAGAAUUCCCGUUCACCCCAUAUCACAAUGAAUUUACAGUUGUAUCCGGCAAAACUUUUUGAGCACUCCUUUUUAAAGCCUACAAGGUUAUGAAUGAGUUGAAGUAGUCUACAACAACAACCCAGUUGAAUCCCACUACAGUAGGGUCUGGGGAGGGUGUGUGUACGCAGACCUUGCCCCUACUCAGAAGUAGAUAGGCUGUUUCCAAGAGACCCCCGGCUCCUGUUGAAGUAGUCUAGAGAUGAUAAAUUUGCUUCUAUUUCAGAUCUGCUUCUCAUUCUCACUGUUUUAAUGCAUCUGUCAAAAUUUUAGCAAUCUUGCACAAAUAUGGGGCUAAGAAGAAUCCACUACCCAAACAAAUAAGUUGGCUAUACAAACAAAUAUUUGGAUCUUAUAUGAAACCAGUUCCAUAGUCUUGACAUAACUUGGAAGUGGAGUUAUUUUAUUUGCACAGAUAAAUAAUCUACCAAGGGAAAAACGUAUCCAGGGAAAAGAGAGAGUUAGAAGUUGGUUAGUCUUGUCUUCCAGUUUCCAUUUCUCGUAAUAUUCUUUCUUACAUUGGUGCAGGGCCCUGAAUCUGCUUCUGUUCUCAAGGAUGGUGAAGUAAUUGCAGUUCAUGGUCAGGAGGAGUUGAAUAAGAAGUUAAAUGCUGCGUCAAAAAUAUCGCGAGUUGCAAUAAUAUAUUUCACUGCAACAUGGUGUGGGCCUUGCCGUUACAUGUCACCCCUUUAUACAAGCUGCGCCGGGAAGUAUCCAAACGUUGUGUUUUUGAAGGUUGACAUUGAUGAGGCCAGAGAUGUGGCUGCUAAGUGGAACAUUGGCAGUGUACCAACUUUCAUCUUUAUAAAAAAUGGAAUUGAGGUUGACAAAGUCAUAGGUGCUGACAAGAAUUCCCUUGAGAAGAAGAUUGCUUUACAUUCUUGUAGUUGAGCUAAUUUGUGAAUGAUGGAAUCCAAGCUGUAAAGAAAGAAGCCUUUUAGGACAAAAGGAAUGGGCAGCACAAGAGUGCUUAUGUGGAUGUUGUUAUUGUGCCAAACAGGCAAACAAGAUAACUUUAUACAUUAAGUUAAUUUCAAAUUCUUCUUACUCUAACAUUGCUGCCAUUCUGCAAAAUUUCUGUUUGG